UUUGCAUGUUGGAGGAAAUAUUUGGCACAUAGAAAAUGAGAUAAUCAGCAAACCCAAUUUGAACUUUCUUAACUGGAAAGCCAAAGUGAGAGUCGAGCGUGGUCAUGCACGACUCUGUCACAUACACCAGCUCAUUUACUUGUCAUUAAAGGGCUGCGCUGAAACUAGUUGAUAAUUGUAGAUAGAAGGUAACUUUAGUCCAGCUGGAGUGCUGUUGUGACGCGUAAGGAGCCGCAGAUGGACCCAAACUUCAAAGACUCGACCAGAGACAGUGCAAUAAAACGCCUGGUCUGCUAUACUGUCUGGCAUUCCAGUUUUAAUGGCUUUAUGGCCGUCCAGACACAAUUAGGCUGUUUCCAGAAUGGCACCCAUUUGUUUUUUCUUCCUUUUCUGAGACUCUGCGCCCUGGACAAAAGGCCGAGCGGAAAUGAUCAGCUUUAUUGGAUUCUACCCGACGGGGACGCGCAGGACUCACGGUCAUUUGGAGCGAUCCUUUGUCUCUACCUGGGAACCUUCCGCCCUCUGCUCCUCUGUUAGACCCGACCUAAAGGAGAAGGAGCAAUAAAGCCAGCGGCGGGUUUCAAACCAAUGGGAUUGCCUGAGUACUGAUGCUUAUUGAAUACAUCCGGAGAAAUCUGCUUAAAGACAUUGGCGCUUUCCUGAAAAUCAUAACCUUAUAAAGAUGGAGGCCCCGUUUGAGAGUCAUUUUUCCUUUUUGUAUCUUGCAUUUUUAACCGGUAUUGCAGCAGAGACCCUAUGCGUGCGCAGUGUUGUUCCCUGGCCUGCAAUCCCUUCAUGUCACCAGAGGGUGGCGACACUGUUCCACAACAUCCCCUUAACUCUUUGAACACUUCUCCCUAAUGAACCUGCUCUGGGAACAAACUUUAGUAACAUUUACAAGAGUCCAGCUAAAUAAUUUCACACCUUUUUACAGUCUCAGAGCAGAAGCUGUUUCUGCAGCCUGCGGAAAUAAUGAAACAGGCAGCACGCGGUGCCUGCUGGAUGUGCUCCAGCUCGGAUGUUUCAGUAUGGCUUCACAGACGCUGUGCAUUUUGAACCAAGAGCAGUGUUUGGUUUACAACGAACCUUUAAAACUAAGCCUACUUUUCUAUAUUGAAUUUACAAAUAACCUGUAUGUAGAUUAAGAUAUCUUCACCCAGAUUUCUGUUUGCAUUGAACGGUUUUAAACAAGUUAAACACAGCAACACAAAAACACAUUCGUUUCUUAUGCGCAAUAAAACGGGUCAUAAAAACACCCUUUUUCUAAUUCAAACAGAGUUUAAAAUAGUUAUUGUUUUUAUUUAAUUUCAAUUAUUGCUAUUAUUUUGACUUGUUUUUGUCUGUUGGCAUUAGAAGUUCAAAUAGGAAUUAUGAGAAGGCCUAUUAUAAGUUUUGGUUUAAAUUAUGUUCAUCGUAAUAUUAUUUUUUUAAAUUGUAGAAUACUUCUAUUUCCUGCUCUUUGAAUUCCAGUUUCCGUUAGCAUAAUUCAAAAAUAUAUUUUUUAUUAGAAUUUAAUUUAUUGAAGAUAACAUUGUUAUGCCAUAAACACACUUUUCAGGAGGACACAAAGACUUGAUAGUAGUAGUAAUAAUAAUAAUAAUAGUCAUAAUAAUAAUAGCAAUAAUAAAUAGAAUUAUAAUUUCAAAUGUUCUAUAAUACAAACACUGUUUAUUAUGUAGGCUAAUGAUAUAAUAAAUACUUAACAUCAUGAACGGCUUAUACGUCUACAACAAAUGCUAACAAUGAAAACAAUUGAUUUAAAUUACUAUAAUUAUGGAAAGGCUUAUAACAUGUAUUGUUGUACUAAUAUCACUAUUAACAAAAUAUAUAUCAAUAUUCUAUAUUACUGCCAAAAACACACUCUAUACACAUACACUCUUAAACCAUCUAUGUGGGGAAAAUAUUAUUCAAAUCAAUGACGUUCAAAGCUCAGAAAUAGUUGCUGGUAUUAAUCAUCGGUGGGGUUAUUUAAGACUACACAGCGUAUAAUCAAACUGUUUUUAAGACAAAAAAUAAUGAACUAUGUAGUUAAGAAAAAACUAUUAUUUGGAAAACGAGAUUACUUACAAGAUCUGAUAAUAGCCAUCAAACCCGUUAUGUUCUUUGUAUAUUUUUUUCAGUACUGAGAGAGAAUCCGUAUCGAGUAUUUUCAAAGCAUUCUAUGGAGUCACAUGAAAUUAAAUAAAGGUAAACAGAUGAUUAUUUGUACAUAAGAAGUAAAAUAAAUCAUGUAAAACAAGUACAUUCAAUGGCGUAAAUUACGUUUGGAACACCGAGAUUGUGUGAAUUUCUCUCGUGUGUGUUUAUGUGUGUGUGUACGUGUUUGUAUGUGAAGUGUUAAUCCCACUCUGCAGUCCUGCGCCAUAAUGAAACCCUUAUCUGCCCGCUGAUUGGACGGCAGCGUCCAGGCCGGAGUCACGUGGGUGAGUUCUUUGGUCCAGAGUAAAAAUGGGCUUUGGUGUAAAUCUAGGGUGUAUUGCUGUCAUAUAUCACACUACCUCGUAAAAACGACACUGAGGAUUCUGGGCCAACAAAUCAGAGAGAAAAAAUAUGAGUUCUUAUUAUGUGGACGGUCUUCUUAGCAAAUAUACUGCUGCUGGUUCUUUCUUCCCAAACGUGGAGCGGGCGUCCUGCAGCAUUGGACCCGCUGGAGAGGACUCGGCUCGGAGUGCUGCCGCCAUCGCGUUCGCCCCAUCUCUGUCUGGAGUUUACAGCGUCAGCAAUGCGGUGUACCAGACCCGGCCUGCUUUUACCUCGGACUAUGUCCAGGGGCAGGACCCACACAUACCACAGACUCUGCACUACAGCUUGUUUGACCAGAACCGCCUGUUCACCGACAGCUGCUGCCAUCCGGAGCCUGGACACCUCGCUGUGCCGCCGGACAAACAAUACCGGAUGUACCCCUGGAUGACAGCAUCAGAUCCAAACAAAAAGCGGGGCCGGCAGACCUACUCCCGGUACCAGACCCUGGAGCUGGAGAAGGAGUUCCACUUCAGCCGGUACCUGGCCCGCAGGAGGAGGAUCGAGAUCGCCCACGCCCUCUGCCUCUCAGAGAGACAGGUCAAAAUCUGGUUUCAGAACCGCAGGAUGAAGUGGAAGAAAGACCACAAGGAGGAUCCGGUGUCGACUGCUGACGGCGAAAAGGAGGGUGAAACCCGGGCUGCGUCAGAGUCCACUCAGCCCGGAGGGAGACACCCGGAGCGCCGGCUCGGAGCCAGAAACGGCUGCAAAGUAACAAAAGAGACAGAAGGGGCAUUAAAAAAAACACCAUAUAAAAACACGGCAGUUAAACGGUUAGAGAUAUUUCUCACAGACGCGCUAAAGCAUAAGAGCCACAAAUCAAGCACACAGGUUUAUGCUGUUUUAACCUACAAAAACAACAAAACAACAACAAAACCUGCAACGAGCAAACUGCGGAAUUGUCAACAAAUGAGCUCCUAUUUUGUGAACUCAUUCUGCGGACGCUAUCCCAAUGGCGCGGACUUCCAGUUACAUAAUUAUGGAGACCAUAGUUCGGCAAACGAGCAAUACAGAGACUCAACAGCCAUGCAUUCCAGCAGGUACGGCUAUGGCUACAACGGGAUGGACCUGACAGUCGACCGGGCCGGUACAGGACACUUUGUGGGCAACGAGCGGACGCAGGGCUACUCCCCGAGUCACUCAGCGGCGGCGACACCCUCAGUGGAGCAGGUCAGGUACAGCCAGUCCGCAAACAGCACCGGGACCGCGUCUCUAUCGCCUCCACCUGACCCGCUGCCAUGCUCAUCGGUCGCCAGCUCGUCCCCGGCCACCGAGACUCAACCUCAACACCGAGCCGUGAAAAACUCUAUCCCGACCUCGUGCUCAACCCCGUGCUCGAGCUCCAACGGAGGCACGCUGCUGCUCAACCGGGACUGUUUGUCCAAAGCUUCGCCCCUCGAGGAGGAGAAGCCUGCGGGGAGCGCACAGACAACUCCUCAAAAUACCACCGACUCUACACAGCCUCAGAUCUAUCCGUGGAUGAGAAAACUGCACAUAAAUCACGAUUUAGCUGGACCAGAGGGCAAAAGAGCCAGGACUGCAUACACCCGGUACCAGACCCUGGAGCUGGAGAAGGAGUUCCACUUCAACCGGUACCUGACCCGCAGGCGGAGGAUCGAGAUCGCUCACGCCCUCUGCCUCUCAGAGAGACAGAUCAAAAUCUGGUUUCAGAACCGCAGGAUGAAGUGGAAGAAAGACAACAAGCUGAAGAGCAUGAACAUGGCGGCUGCAGGCGGGGGAGUCUACAGGCCCUGAUAUCCCCCACUUUACACCUGAUAACGAGCACUAUGAAAAUAAAACAAAGAUUGUCAUAUGAACUUCUCCUUUUCCUUCCCCUUGAAAAGGCGCAGAGACUUAUAAACGGGGAUGUGUGCUGGACAGGGGACAUCCUCAGUCACACCCCGCUGUGUGUCCAACAACUGUCCCAUUAUAUAUUCCUUGAUAUUAUUUCCUUUUUACCCCCUCCGUGGUUAUGCGUAUGUGAUUACAAAAAGAUGCAUUCUGUACAGUUCUGUCUAGAUUUAGAGGAAAAAGACACAUAAGUGUUUGUUUAAAUUAUUUGUUGUUCUGACGGACAAAAAAAACAUAAAAAUAAAGCUUGAAAUGCUACAAACUAACAGCAAAUAAAUCCAGUAAAAGUUGUAUGAUGCACUCAGAAGGGAAAAUACCCUAAUAAAAUGAGGGUUAAGGUUGGGCUUCCUUUGUUUUUAGCCUUCGUUUUCUCUGAAUGUACUGUAUAUGUAUGUAUUUAUUUGUUUGAUGUAUUGUACCAGCUUGUCAGAAAACUUGCUUCCAAAAAAGUAGAGCCAGCAGUCAGCCGUGUGUGGUUAUUGUGUAUGUCGUGGACAAUUGUAUGGACAGAGGUUCCGAAUCUGUCUUGUAUGUACAGUAGCUGUUGCCUUGUGUCUUCUUUUAGCUCUUUUUUUUUCUGCAGGAGCUGCUGUUUGUGUUAUUCACCUGAACGCAACAUUUGCGUAAAAAUGUAUUCUGUCUUUGUUUGAUCGUGGAGGGCUCCACAGUAAACGUUGUCGCCUAUAUGUGUAUAGCUCCAUCGUGUUUAGCUUUUUGUAAAUGUUUUUCAAAGACUGGAAGUCAAGAAUAUACUAUAAUAAUACAAACGAUGAUUAUUGCCAAUAUAAUAAACUUUCUAUUGGAAAU